AUGGCAGCGGCAGCGACACUGAUCACGAUGCUGUUGCCGCUGAUCUCCGCUGCCGGAGGAGCCGGAGGGCCACCGGCUGGGCUGGAGCCCAUGAUAGGGAAGCCGGGGUGCGAGACCAGGUGCGGCAACGUGAGUGUGCCGUUCCCGUUCGGGUUCGGCCCGGCCAGGUGCUCGGCGACGGGCCUCAACCUCACCUGCGACAACACCACCCGCCCUGGCAAGCCGCCCCGGCUGCUCCUCGGCGAGGGCGGCGUCUUCCAGCAGGUCGAGGAGAUCUCGAUCCAACUAAGCACGGUGCGCGUCGUCACGCCACCUAUCUUCAGCCCUGCGAGGUCGAACCUCAGCGCCGACGACUACGGCGCCGUGAAGAGAGCGUCAUGGGGCGGCGGCCGCCUCGACAGCCACAGCAUCUUCCAGUACACGCUGUCGUCUAAGUCCGACUACCUCGGCACCUUACGCCCCGAGCUGGUGGUGGUGGGGUGCAACGUGCAGGCGACGCUGCACACCGAGAUCAGCCGCGGGAACAGCUACGUCGUCGGCUGCUCCUCCUACUGCGACGGCCAUCGUGCACUCACCGCCGACGACGUCCGGAACGACAGCGCCGGCUACUGCGUUGCCACCAUCGACACGGCCCAAACGUACUACAACGUGGAGGUCACACGACUGGGCAACGGCAGCGCGGUCAACGACGACCUGCCCGUGUCCGUGCUCCUCGUCAAGGCUGAUUUCGGUGCACAGGAUCUGCCCAACCGGGUGGUUCGUCUGUUGAAUCUAGAUAGACCGCUAGGUGCAACGCCUCCGUUAGCGAACACAGCAAAUGCGAACCAUAUCGGUGGGGAUUGUUUUUCUGCCAAUGCAUUGAUGGAUACGAGGGUAACCCUUACGUCACCGGGGGAUGCCAAGCGUGUUGUAUGUUCUAUGUACGUAGAUAUGGACGAGUGCAAGGACCCAGUACACAACCGAUGUUUCGGCGAGUGCGUCAAUAAUAUGGGAUCAUUUGACUGCUGGUGUCCACAAGGAUACCAUAGAAACCCUAGACGACCCGAUGGUUGCAUCAAGUCCAUGAAGAGUGUAAAGAACACAGGUUUAAUCAUUGGUAUCUCAGUUUCUGUUGUCCCCUGCCUCAUACUUUUGGCUCUCGGUGGAAUCUUAAUAAUCCGCAAGCUUAAGCAUCACACGGCUGAAAGGAUAAAACUGAAGUUCUUCAAUCAAAAUCGUGGGCAGCUGUUGCAGCAACUCAUAUCCAAUAGGUCUGAUAUUGGAGAGAGGAUGAUUGUCCCUCCAAACGAGCUAGACAAGGCAACAAACAAUUUUGAUCAAAUUCGUAAGCUCGGUGGAGGAGGCCAUGGUACCAUCUACAAAGGUAUAUUGUCAGAUCUACAUGUGGUGGCCAUCAAGAAGUCAAAUAUUGUUGUUCAAAGAGAGAUUGAUGAGUUCAUAAAUGAGGUUGCCAUACUAUCACAAAUCAAUCAUAGGAACGUUGUGAAACUUCAUGGAUGUUGUCUCGAGACCGAAAUCCCAUUGCUAGCCUACGAGUUCAUUUCCAAUGGAAUCCUUAGUGAGCAUCUUCAUCAUGCGUCACCAAGAUCAAUACCUUGGAGAGACAGGCUCAGGAUCGCAUGUGAAGUAGGCAAAGCCAUUGCGUAUCUUCAUUCUGCUAUUUCAAUCCCUGUUAUACAUAGAGAUAUCAAAUCUUCCAACAUACUUCUUGAUGAUGCCUUGACAACAAAGGUAUCUGACUUCGGUGCGUCAAGGUACAUUCCUGUAAAUCAGACGGGGAUAACAGCAACAACAGUGCAGGGAACUAUAGGAUAUCUUGAUCCUAUGUAUUAUUACACAGGACGACUAUCAGAAAUGAGUGAUGUUUAUAGCUUCGGAGUUCUUCUUGUUGAGUUGCUUACGAGGAAGAUGCCAAUCACAUAUAGGUCCUCUGAAGACAAUCUAGUUGACCUAAUAGAUUCACAAGUUGCAGCGGAAGGAGGCAAUGAAGUCCAAGAAGUCGCUUGCCUAGCUGCAUCCUGCUUAAAAUUAAAGGGAGAGGAGAGACCAACCACGAGGCAACUAGAGAUUGCACUCGAAGGCCUCCAAGCAACCAAGGAGCAUCCCCUAUUUGAUUCAAGAGCCAUUCAGAAUGAGGAGAACUAUAUUGAAACAAGUUAUCCAUCUACUGCAAGAAGUACAAGCUUGGAUGAAGCAGCUACUAGUACUAGUACUCCUACUAGUACACACAUACUGACUGGCUGCAAGGUCCCUCUGAAGGUCAUGGCGGUGGUGAAGGGGAACUUUGCAGGGGCUGGAGAGAAGGCUCUUGGGCCGUUGCAGAGGCGGCAGGAGGAAGGAGAACAAGGAAAUGGGGAAAAUAUAUAG